GGGGAAGGAUAAAAUAACCUAGCAUUUGUUAACCAAAAAACAAAAAAGGAAAAACCUAGCUUUUCUUUAACGGCAAAAGGACCUAUAAAUACAAGGCGAUUACAACACUAUUUUCUCAUGGUUGAAAGAUCCGUAACCUACAAUAUUUACCAAAAGAAGAACAGAGUUUCUUCGUUAUCAAUGGCGUUCAAGAAAAUGUUAGCUGAACGUCUUUUCAAUGGUUACAAUAUUACUCGUCCUUCCCUAACAACCUGCCGUAUUUGCUCCUCAACCAUGACCAAAUCGAUAGCCUCUUCAAAUCCUAGUAAGAGAGCUCCAGAUCCCGGAGACGAUCGUUUUUUUCGGCGAUAUCUCCACCGUGACUCUUUGGCAACGUCGCCGGAGCUCCGGUCUCUUCCCAUAGGAGAAAAGCUCCUUGAGAAACUGAGAGGGAUGGACAUUGCUAGAGAUAGGAUCAGACUCGACGGACUCAUCCCACCGGCGCAUCAGAAACCGUUGCCGGAGGAGGACUCCGAUGCGGAGGAGGGGAAAUUCACGUUGGCGGAUGCGAAGAAGGUUCUGAGGUUGGCGCAGCUUGAGGUGGUGAAAUCUAGGCUAAAGCAGAUAGAAAAGGAUUGGAUUUCGUACGCGGAAUUUAUUCAGAUCUGCAAUGGAGCUUGUCCAAACGAUGAUCAAGCCCUAGAAUUCGCGAAGAUGCUCGAUCAAUCGGGAACUGUAAUUGUUUUGGGAAAUAUCGUAUUCCUGAAGCCUGACCAGGUGGUGAAAGCCAUGAAAGGCCUAAUGCCAAUGCCCUUGGCCGAACCAAAUGACCCAAAAAUGAUGAAGGAGCUUCAACAAAUGGAGGAGAAGAAAGCAGCAAUUGACAAGAAGGCAGAAUCAUUGGUGCGGACAGAGUUGUGGUGUGGACUAGGUUACUUUGUGAUUCAGACUUCAGCUUUCAUGAGGCUCACUUUCUGGGAGUUAUCAUGGGAUGUAAUGGAGCCUAUUUGCUUCUAUGUCACAUCCAUUUACUGCAUGGCUGGUUAUGCUUUCUUCCUUAGGACCUCCAAAGAACCUUCUUUUGAAGGUUUUUUCCAGAGCCGGUUUAGUGCAAAGCAGAAGCGAUUGAUGAAGCUUCAUAAUUUUGAUCUUCAUAGGUACAAUGAGCUCCACAGAGCUUGUGAUCCUCAUUCGACGAUACCUGCUGGAAACACCUUAACAUUUCAUUCAUCAUCUAUGAUGUCCGCAGCAUAGAUUCUGGCAAUUUACAUGAACAUUUGAUGAAUAUUGUUUAGGAAUAGUGAAGGAAAGAGGAACCAAAGAAUGAAAAGGACGGAUGGCACAUUUUGCCUUUUCUUUUUUACUUUUUUACUUUUAAGUUAAAGUCAAAUGGAUAUAGAGGAUGCAUAGAGCUGAUCCCAAUUAAUUUGGGUUGAGGCGUUGUUGUUGUUUACUUUUACUUUUGACCUAGAUUAACGUUUCGAUUUAUCUAUGUCACGGCUAAUGUAUAUUAAGUGGAGGGUUUAUGAAAUAAUGGAAUUUAAAGAAAUUUCAAACUUAGCCGA